AUGACACCCCUAGAAACUCCAGCUCCUGCUUCAUCUCCUACUCCAGCUCCUGCGCCUACUUCAACUCCAACUCCAUCUCCAUCUCCUGCUCCAGCCGGUCCAAAGAAAAAAGCACUUCUCUGCUUCCACGGCACUGGCGCCAAAGGAUCCAUCUUCCACGUACAGAUGGCGAGAAUCUGCUACCAGCUCGGCGAUACCUUCGAGUUCAUCUUCCUCGAAGGCCCGCGCCAGUGUGGGCCCGGACCUGGGGUGUUACCCAUGUUCGCUGGACAAGAGCCGUAUCAUGGCUGGUUUGGCGGUCACGACGUGAGCAUUGACGAUAGUAUUCGAGAGAUCAACGCUGCGGUGCGGAGGGGGUUAGAGAAGUGGAAGAAGGGGAGGAUGAGAAAGAGAAAUGGUGAUGGAAAUUUAGAUCAUAAUCAUGAUCAGAAUCAUGAUCGGGUGGGAGAUGAUAAGGGUUUGAAUGGUGUUGGUGGUAAAGAUAUGAAUGGUGAGGUGGGUGGUAAGAAUUCGAAUGGUGUGAAUGGUGAUGUGAAUGGUGGUGUGAAUGGUGGUGUGAAUGGUGGUGGUGAUGACCUCGACCUCGACCUCGAUAUCGUCGGCGGCAUCGGCUUCUCUGAGGGAGGGCUUGCGCUGAUCUUGAUGCUGUGGCUGCAACAGGAGCAACAGCAACAACAAGAACAAGAACAAGAACUGCAACUGCAACUGCAACAGCAGAAACAGCAGCAACAGGAGCAACACCAACAUCAACCUCAACCUCAACAGCAACAACAAGAACAGUACCAACAAGAAGAGCACCAACAAGAAGAGCACCAACAACAAGAGCACCAACAAGAAGAGCACCAACAAGAAGAGCACCAACAACAAGAGCACCAACAACAAGAGCACCAACAACAAGAACACCAACAACGAGAACGAGAACAGGAGCAGCAACAACACCACCAAGAGAACCAACACCAACGCCAACUCUCACUCCCACCCCUACCGUUCAAGUUCAAGUUCGCCGUGAUCAGCUGCUGCUUCUUCCCGCGCGAGGCGUCGGUGUGGAUGAACAUGCGGGCUCAAUUGCGGGCUCAGUCGCAGGCGCAGGCGCAGGUCAAGACAGUGUCAUCAGCAAUAACAGGUACAAACUUGGUUGCCUCAACACCACCAGGCACGGACACAACAACACACUCGCUCUCACCUUCAACAGACACAGGCACAAGCAUACCUACCUCAGCAACACCCUCACACUCGCUCUCACCCUCAACAGUCAUACCUACCUCAAAAGGCACAAACUUACCUACAGCUCUCAUCGAUAUUCCCACCCUCCAUAUCCACGGCAAUCGCGACUUCUGUCUCGGCCGCGCCCGCCAGCUAGUGCGGAACCAUUACCGGCCGCAGAUGGCCACUGUCGUCCAAGUCGACACUAGUCAUCACAUGCCGACGCGGAAGGAGGACGUGGCUGAGGUGGUGAGACAGAUUCGAAGAUUGGCAAGUGGAAGCGGAAGCGUCAGCGCAGAGUAG